AUGGCAAGAGAAAUAGAACCUCUAAUAGUUGGAAGAGUGAUAGGAGAUGUUAUAGAAAUGUUCAAUCCAAGUGUGACUAUGAGAAUCACUUUCAAUUCUAACACAAUUGUCUCUAAUGGUCACGAGCUCGCGCCUUCUCUUCUCCUCUCUAAACCUCGAGUCGAAAUCGGCGGUGGCGAUCUUCGUUCAUUCUUCACCUUAAUCAUGAUCGACCCCGAUGCGCCGAGUCCUAGUAAUCCUUAUAUGCGUGAGUAUCUGUAUUGGAUGGUGACAGACAUUCCUGGGACAACGGAUGCUUCUUUCGGGAGAGAGAUAGUGAGAUACGAAACGCCCAAACCGGUGAUCGGGAUACACAGAUUCGCGUUUGUGCUGUUCAAACAGAGAGCAAGGCAAACGGUGAAGAUAGCGCCGAGUACAAGAGAGCGUUUCAACACAAGAGAUUUCUCUUCUUUCUUUGGUCUUUCUCUACCUGUUGCUGCUGUUUACUUCAAUGCCCAACGUGAAACUGCUCCUCGAAGACGUCCUUCUUAUUAA